UCACCACUUUGCUUAUAAACAUGACAAAUAUUCAUUCCACAUCAUAUUUCUUCGAAAAAAAUACUUACGAUCGACUGACAGACACCAAUAUUAUUUGAUAAAUACUUAUUCUAUAUAAAACUUAGAAGAUUUGACUCGGUUGACAAUGUGUUUGCUUCUCUCCCAAUCUGAGCGAAAUUGCUCUUGAUCUCUACUCUGCUAAGCCUAAUCGCAUCCUAAGAUUCUCCAUUUGCUACCGAUAGGAGUGACGCCAUCAGAGAAAUGUAAACUCACGUUUUCAGAUAGAACGUCACGAAUUACUAUCGGAACAGUACGACGCGGUCAGAUUCCUCUCACUGCCAAAAAAUUAUAUUCUUUUCUAUAAAUAAAAUUUCUUGCGUCCCGAAGUAGGUAUAUGUAUAUUUUCGAAAAUGCCGAAUAUAAUUUAGUCUUAGUCUUAUAUAAGUUGUUAAGUCGCUCAUAUCGAUAUGAAAAGCAAAUUUAGUUAAUAAUACGUAGAUAUGAAUCGAAGAAACACGGUGGAGUUUCGUGCGUGAUAUUAAAACGGGUCGCCGCAUCGCAUCGCCCCUAACCGGAGACAAAUCAGUGCCUUUGUUUACUAGUUAACGCGAUGCUGCAAUGUCGGGGAAGUCGUGUACUAACCUUGACUAUCAAAACGUUCUAUUUCGAGCCGCAGCUGUUCCUCGUCCGCAUAAAGAAAAGGCGAGAAUCUGUAAAUCGCCUAAGCACAGUAACAAAGUGAAGAGUACACAAUCGAAUUACAACUUCGAUAUGGAUCAGUUCCAGAGCUGGGUCUCCACGUCCCUUUUCGACCGGAUCCCGAGCUACAGGCCGUCAUACCUAGUCGCAUCCUACCACAGUUUCAACGCCCACAAAAACAAGUUCUUUGAGCGGACCAAACAACUUACCACGGAAUACACCAGUAGCUUCAGCUUUGAAUCGCACUUCAUCGAAUGUUCGUUGCAGUUUAUCGGCCUCUGUAUCGUAAUCGUGCUAUUGAAACGAUUUUUAGGGAUCAACUUGAUUUCAAAUCGCAGCAAACGAUCCUUGUCGCGCGAAGAUCAAAUCCCUAGUGAAGAAUAUAACUUUCAGCUUUCGAAGACCCAGUCUGAAAUCGAACGGGAAAAUGUGGAAAGGCGUAACCAUAAACCGAACAAAUUCGCGAAAAAAGAUAUGAAAAAACGAAAAUGGCAAUCUGCAGGACCUAUUCUGCUCAUGCUAGCCGAAACCCGGCAGGAGUCAAAGUCUCCUAUUCGAAAUGAAGCUGUGAAUAGUGCGGCAAAGGAGGAACAAAUAGUUGAAUUAAUUAUAUCAGAACCAAGGGCGACAGUUAAUGUGACUGAAGAAGUGUAUCCCGAAUCGCCUGACAGUAGUCUUUACGGAUCAGAUGAAGAACAGGAAGAUGCCUCACAAUAUUGCCGAGGAGGAUAUCAUCCAGUUGUUAUUGGGGACGUAUUCGACAAUCGAUACAGAGUUGUGCGAAAACUUGGCUGGGGACAUUUUUCGACUGUGUGGCUAUGUCGAGAUAUCAUAGACGAAAAGUAUGUAGCCCUAAAAGUUGUAAAAAGUGCACCCCAUUAUACAGAGACUGCUGCGGAUGAGAUUUGCCUACUAGAAGCUAUUCGAAAUGCUGAUGCUGCAGAUCCCGAUCGUGAACGGAUUGUGCGACUGCUCAACCACUUCACAGUUCGGGGAGUCAAUGGGGUGCAUACAUGCCUAGUAUUCGAAGCUCUUGGAUGUAGUUUAUAUAAGUUAAUUGUUAAAAACAAUUAUCAAGGCCUCGCCAUUCCACAAGUCAAAAGUAUAAUUAAGCAAGUUCUCGAAGGACUGAAUUAUUUGCACGUGAAAUGUAGUAUCAUUCACACCGAUAUCAAGCCUGAAAACAUCUUGCUCGUAAUCGAUAACGCUGCCGCUAUGAAUCAACAAAUUGACGAUGAGAUCAACAGUUUGCGGGUUCAAGGCAUGGAAUUUCCCGAUUCUUAUAUAAGUUCCAUUGAGAAGCAAACAAAGAAUCGCCAAUGGCCGCUGUUGGACAUCGCACCACUGUCUUCUACGCAACAUAAUGCAUCAUCUGAGUUAGAGACUACCGCAAUAACAUCUAAAGAACCUGACAGAAAUCUGCCGCUAAUGUCAACUGCCGGAUUAUUUGAUACUUCUUUAAACAACGAUUUAGCCGAUAAUCAGUUUAAUUCAUCCUUAGGAGCGACUGCAUCUAUCAUCAACCGAUAUCGCACUGAGAGAAAGUCAUCUACUACAAAGUCGUCGGAUUUACCAAUAAAAGACACAAUUAAACCAUCGAUCCCACAAACUCAAUCCUAUACUAAUGCAAUACAAACGCUUAUAAAUAAUAGCAACGUAAGGGUAAAAAUAGCCGAUCUGGGAAAUGCUUGCUAUGAUUAUCAUCACUAUACGGAGGACAUCCAAACGCGGCAAUACCGAUCGGUAGAAGUUAUUCUUGGUGCACCGUAUAAUUUCAGUGCAGAUAUUUGGAGUACAGCGUGUCUCGCUUUCGAACUUGCCACUGGCGAUUACCUAUUCGACCCUCAUGCUGGCGAGAACUACUCUAGGGACGAAGACCAUCUAGCGCAUGUCAUAGAAUUACUAGGAGCAAUUCCACCCUCUCUUAUAUUUCGCGGGAAGCAUGGAUUAAAAUAUUUUACUAGUUAUGGAACCUUGCGUAACAUAACAAAACUUAAACCGUGGGGACUGUUGGACGUUUUAAUAGAAAAGUACGAAUGGGACCCAGAGAAUGCUAAAAAAUUUGCCGAAUUUCUAAUUCCUAUGCUGAAUUACAAUCCAAUCUUGAGAGCUUCGGCCGCUGAAUGUUUGAAACAUCCAUGGCUAAGCGAUACUGACUAAAAACAAAAUGAAAAAAACAUAACGACUGACUUGAAAAUUCGAAAUUUUUAUUAGCGAAAAAUAUUUAGAUUAAACUAUGUAGUUACGUACUUAUCUGUAAUUGAAUAUCAGUAAAAUAACAUAUUCAACAAACUUUAUUUUACCCAACUAAUAGGAGCGGAUUUGGAGAACGAUUUGAAUUGUGAUUCUUGAAAAACGUUAUUUCAUGUCCUUUUUUGUUAGAAAUUUUGUUGUUUUGGCCAAGCUAAAAGUUGUUAAUUUAUGGAAAUUGUUGCUCCCUCCCGGAGAGAGGUUAUACAUAUAUAAUUAGAAUUAGCCAUUAGUUCAUAUUAUAACAAUCAGUAGUUUGUCAUAUUCAUGAACGUAUUUUAUCCAUGGUUGAAAUCUACCUACGCGUUAUUAAAGGAUGACUGAACAUAUCUUGUUUACAAUGUUUGUAUUUAUACAACAAACACGGCAUAAACUCUAGACAAAUGAAUCAGCAUUGCUUUCGUAGAGUAGAGAGGAGCGAAACCCGUCAAAUCAUUUGUUUGCAACAUUCAAUUAGUUGGGUAUUAUAAAAUACACAAUUGGUUCUACAAAUCAUUUUAAAUUAUUUAAUUCAUGUAGAGUAAGAACAGUGCAGAAUAUUUAUAUGAAUAAAAAUAAUUCUCACAA